CCGGUGUAAACAUAGUGGCGAUGCUCUUUCCUCCCAGAGCAGUGGGUUUUUUGCCCCUCCUCCUGGUCUGUCAGGCUGGCACACCUUUCCUCUCCGGUCCUCCACCGUUUCUUACCUUCUUGCCGCUCCUUCCAGCCUCGUUGUCUGGCUGUGAACUCUCACCCCAGCUGCUUAGGAAAAGUCAUACAGGCAGAGGCCCGUGCUGCAGUAAGGGGGCGUAAUACGAGGAGAAAAAUAACAUUUUUUUUUAACUGUUCUCACUCUGCAUCUUUUAUUCGUAUCUCUGUCGUGCAAGUGCCACAUCCCGCUACCAGCAGCAGCCGCCGCCGAUAACUAAUCGCAGCCUCAAUGCUCGUCUCGCAUUAGGGCUUAUUAAAAAAAAAUCCGUGCCAGACAUGGGGGAGAACAUCAGGCUUCUCUUGAAGAUGUCAGUCCAACAGACUAAGUGGCUUUUGAUGCUGAUGCCCAGCAGAAGAUCCUGGGACUGAGACGCGAAUCCUUUUACACUGAUGGCCUGGACUGAGUUUCAGCUGGCCUGCUGAAGCUAUGGGGAGCUGUUGGAGCUGUCUGUACAGAGACCCCAUCCGAGACAACCAUCUCACUAAAUUUAAGGUCACCAAUGUGGAUGAUGAGGGCAACAAACUGGGCUCUGGCAUCAUGGAGCUCACCCAGACUGAGCUCAUUCUUCACACACGUAAGAGAGACGCCAUCCGGUGGCCGUAUCUCUGCCUGCGACGCUACGGCUACGACUCCAACCUGUUCUCUUUUGAGAGCGGUCGCCGCUGUCAGACCGGGCAAGGGAUCUUUGCGUUCAAGUGUUCCCGGGCUGAAGAGAUCUUCAACCUGCUGCAGGAGCUGAUGCAGUGUAACAGCAUUAACGUGGUAGAAGAGUCGAUGAUGAUGAGUCGCAGUGGUCACACACCAGAGAUGGACAUGUCUCGCACGCCGCAGACACCCAACACUCCAGCAUUCCCUGUCCAGGCUUUUCCCAACGGAUACCCUGGUUAUCCAAUCAGAGGUGACACCUCCCAGCCCUCUCUUCCAGAUGAUCAUGGACAUAGUCUCAUAGGUCUGGAGGACCAGACCCACACCUAUGUAAAUACUGUUAGUAUGGAGGGGGAUCUCUCUAUGCGUCACUGUGUGCACUCCCUACCUGAGGUGCGGCCUAGCACUUUCCCUGAAACAACACGGGGAGCCAUGCCUGUCGGGGGCCAAGGGAACCCACAGUCCAACCUGCGGUGCUGUCCCCUCGAGGAGCAUAAAGAUCCUCAGGUGUUCCUACAGCCGUCCUCACAGGAGGUCAAAUUCAUGCUGGGCCCCACUCCAGCACAGCGCCAUCUGCUGGAGAGAGAGAGGGAGAGGCACGGACUCAAUCCCCACAACCUUCAGCCAGUAGAGGGGGCAACAGGCUCAGAGACGGAAGGAGACGAGCCCUCUAUGCAUCUGUGCAAUUCUUACUCCUAUCACCAUUUCCAUCAUCACAUGCACCGGCACCCACGCCGGCGAGGCGGCGGGAAGCAGCGGCUGAGCCCCAGUAGUGUGUCGCAGUCUGUCGGGUCAAGCAGCAGCAGCAGUACUGGGGACAGUCAUUCCCACUCCCUCCUGCACCCACAUGCCCACGGCCCGGCGUCUCUACCCCCUCAGGGCUAUGCUUGUGAGAGGGGCAUGGGUGGAGGUCACCAUCGGACAGCUCUGCUUAACUACGAGAACCUGCCUUCUCUGCCGCCAGUGUGGGAGUACAGUGCUCUGCAACGGGAUGAUGAGCAGGAAGAGGAAGACGAUGAGCAGGAUGAGGAGGAAUAUGAAGAAGAAGAGGAAGACUUUGACGAGUACGAGUUCUCAGAAGGCCCCGGGACACCCAACGGGUACCACCAGGAUGGUCGGGGCAUCCACAGAGAUGCCCUGCAGAACUAUGUCAACACAGAGCAGGUCCAGCCGCCACGGCUUCGGCACGCCUGCCCCCCACAUGCACGGCCGUGUCAGCCAGACAGAGGGGGGGGGAUAUUUAGCUUUGAUUUCCGCAGACGAUCGAGGUCAGGGGUUGGAGGCUGUGAGCACAGCCACAUGCCUCCAUCGCAGCAGCUGAAUUACAUCCAGGUGGACCUAGAGGGAGAACCUCCCUGCCAAGCCCUCAGCAGCGGGGGUGUGCAGACUCAGACACAGCAUCAGCGCCUGCCACCCAAAACACAUGGGCCCCAGGCACCACGGCGCAGUGAAUGCUACGCAGUCAUUGACCUGAAGAAGACAGCUGCCAUGUCCAAUCUGCAGAAGGCUCUGCCUCGGGAUGAUGGGACUUCCAGAAAGACUCGCCACAACAGCACAGACCUGCCUGUGUAAACGGUGUUCAAAGUGAAGAGGAACGGCGAAGACGGAUGAAGGCUUACCCUCAUCAUAGCACACUGGACCCUUCACUGUCAUCCAUCCAUUCAACUGUCGGGCUGACCAAAACAGUACAGGUACCUAAUUAGAAACUUAGUGAAACCUAUCUGUGCAUAUAAAAUGAAAUGAGGCAUCUCUAAGGAGAAUCUGCCAUUUUAUUCUGUGUUAUUUAUUAGAUAUGUAGUGUGAAGACAUCUGCAGUAUUUACUGCAAAUACUGUUUGCUUGAUAUAUGGAUCUAUGACUUAGAGCAGAGACCUAUGUUUUCAGUGGAAGCAUUCAUUGCCAUACUGUAUUCGCAGAUUUUAAUUCUUAAACCCACCUCGGCUCAUGAUUAUUAUUGUUCCUAUCACUUACUUAGGUUACAUCCAUGUGUUUUUGUUUGUUUGUUUCUUUGUUUUUUUUUACUUAAAUACUGUAAAAGUCAAAAAUGUGACCCUCAUUACCAAAAGGCUUGGAGGAGUUGUUGGCAUGCAGGAAGGUUUAUGGUUCCUCAUAGCUACCGACCACUAGUCAUACCUCAUCGGAAGCACCUGAGUCUAAUGCUGCGGCUGGUAGAUGAGACCCGUCUUUGUUACUAUAUGCCUAUAGAGCAUUUUGCACACAAUCCAAUGGAAUUGUAUUUUAUCAUAUUUUAGAAAUAGUUUUGUCACAUUCAAGUUGGGGGAAAAAAGAUUUAAAUGACCAACAGAGCAGGUAUUUGAUAUUUAAAGAAUUAGACUAAACUGAACGAUGGUAAAAGUAGCACACAUGGAUUCAACGAGCUUUGACUCCCUCAUAUAUCCACAUGCAGCAAAUGAAAAAGUAGCAUAUCAUCUUCAGUCACACCUCCUGGUUAUCAUCCCAGACCUGCAGGACGUCCAUGUGUUUUACUUUCUUGUCACGUUGCACUUUUGACCCUGGGCCACUGAAACGUACUGUCACUGCUCACUUUUUCCAGAAGCAGGGGGCCAAAUACAUCAUGGACACUUAGGCAGCAUUGUAGAUAGGGUUUAUUUAAAUGUUUUGAUGGAGACAUCGAUAACCUCAAACACUGGCAUUAAGCUAUAACCUCAUAUGAAAUGUGCAGAAUCUAUAAUUUGCCAGUUAUCAAGUGUGAAUGGUCUGUAAAGGGUCGUCAAGUACGUCACAAAGUCAUGCAGUGAAGAUUUUUGUGAGGCUAUUUAUCAACUCUCUUAGUCAGAUAUUUAUUUAUUUAUAUAUUUUAUUUAUUCAUUCAUUUUUUCUAACUGUAAUAAUUUUUUUUUCCCAUAUGAGGACCAGCGUUUUGUAAUCCAGUUGGUAAUAUGGAGACCAAAGUUUCACCUCAAAUUAUCACUGGAUACUGGUGUAUUACUGUUAUAACUGUGCUUAAUUAUAUUUUGAAAAAAAAAAGACUAUUUAUAUUUUAAGUGCCAAAACUUCAUUGCAAACUGUAUGAUAAAUAAAAUAAAAUGUGCCAUUAGGAUUUAUUGAACAGGUGACAGUGCUCGGGAUACAAAUUUUAACAAAUACCUGAAUCUAACUUUUUAAGGAUAAUAGAAAUUAAAUAAUAAAAAUUGCACCUUCCACCUCAUCCACAUCGACAGCCAUUUUGGAGCGGGAUGUAACGAGGAUGUUGUACCUUGAUAAUCUCAGUUUGGGUGGUUUUUAUGCUGCUACAUGUACAUACUGACGGUAGCCCAUGUAAGCUACAGGUACUUGUCAAAAUGAAAAGUGAUGUCAGAUCUUUUACCAUAUUGUUCAUAGAAGUAGCAUUGUUGUCUUCUUCUGAGAUGAUUUCUGAGCAGUAGAAAUGUAAUGUACCAUUUGUGUUUCAUUUGGCCAAAACUGAAUUUGUUUUCCUGACUGGUAGGAGAGGUAAGGGAAGCACAGGCACAUCGAUGCUGUCAUGUUUUUGUUCAGGUGUCAUAUCAAGUUGAUAUUUUCAGCUGACGAAGGAAGGCCAACUUAUCUAGAUUUAUACAAAUGUAUCGGUUGUCAGAUGCAGGUGUAUUGUGGCAUUUAAUUGAAGUUGAUAUAUUUUCAUUAAAGAGCUGAAUAUGAAACACAUACACAUUUUCUGAUACAGAAGGUUUUUUGGCUUCUGUUUAACAUGACUACAAGUAUUGAAGCAGGUGGAAUGCAUAUAUAAUUUCUUCAAAUUCACGUGUGCCAAAAAACAGGUUCAGGUUUGUCAUUGGUGCUCACAUCACCAUUGUCCAACUGAGCCCUCCAAAGACAGAAAUCUCUCACAUGAAUUAACAGAAACAUCAAACUUCAACUGAAAAGUUUGUGUUCUCAGUCAUUUAGCUUGUGACAGUCAGCAAAUAAUAAAAUAAGCCCAGCAUAACUUUUCCUGAACCCAAGGCGACAUCUUCAAAAUGCUUUCUUUCUGCCCAACAGUCCUAAAGCCAAAUUUACAGUCAAAUUACAGUGAUGUAAAAACUGAGAAAGGUAAGCGAUUCCUCACAAAUGAGCAAAUGUUUUGCAGUUUUACCUAAUACAUGACCAAUCAAUAAAUCAAAUGAUGAGUACAGUGCUACUUAUUCGAUAGUAGCAAUAAUGUGAAAGUAAGAGACAUUCACAGCAAAGAAGCCUUAAAUACCUCAAAAUCAAAAGUUAAUCGUUUGGGUUUUUUGCUUGAUCACAAAAUCAAGUUUUUGAACAUUUUUGAAAGGUCUCUUCUAUAACAACAGAGCCACUGUCAUGAUACAUUGGAGGGAUGUUUACAUUUUUUGCAAUAAUAGAUGAAUUAUUGUUUUGUCGAUCUAAAAUCAGACCAGUGUGUGAUGUGUGAAGUUAGUAGUCUUUAGAGCCGUGAGCUUAAUGUAUUCAAUCACCUGUUCUUAUGUGAAUCAGUAGUCUCUUCUAUUAUUUCAGGUAUGUUUUCUGUUCAACCUUCAUGGUGCGAUUUUAGCUAUGA